AUGUGUAGUUUAGAAUUGAAAUGUGUGAUUUUAUCAGUGAUAUUAGGUUUAGUAAAUGCAGGCUAUAUACCACCAGGACCAAGAUACACAUGUCCAAAUAGAACCCAGCUCAUUUCGCCUUGUGUCUGUUUGGCGGGUGGUGACGAUGGACUAAAAAUUCUUUGCGAAAACUCCAACAUAGCUUCCAUGGGCGUGGGUCUAAAUAAUUUGGCAACAUUUGCAAUGCCCGUUGAAGAACUUAGACUAAACAAAUGCCAUUUUGAGCGCAUGUAUGGAAGUCUUUUGUACAAAUUAAAAUUAAGGAUUUUACGAAUUGAAGACACGCCGAUUCAAACUAUUGAUCAAUAUAGUUUUCUUGGAGUCAAUGAUACUUUGCAAGAAUUGUAUUUGACGAAUACUAGUAUUCAUACGUUUCCCAAAGAAGCAUUUCAGAUUUUAGGUAACUUAACAGUGCUAAAUAUAAGACAACAUAAUUUUACCAAGUUAGAAAAAGAUAUUUUCUACGAAAGCAGAAUCAACAUCAGACUUGAAAAACUCCAUAUCACAAAUGGACCACUUUCUGACUUUCCAAUUGAAACAUUUCAGCCCCUAAGGAAGCUAAAGACGUUGGACUUGAAUACAAAUGCAUUAACAGGACUCAAAAGGAACCAGUUCAAAGGACUUCGGGACGUGGAAGUCCUCGAUUUGAGUCACAACAGUCUGCCCAAGUUGGAGGCGACCGCCAUCUCUGAUCUUACCAAAUUGAGCUGGUGCAAUUUGUCACACAAUGCGAUGACUGAUUUACCGAGGGGUACAUUCGCCAGAAACGCUGUACUUCGAGUUUUGAAUUUAUCACAUAAUAAACUGAAAAAAUUGGAUACAAACAGUUUCCGUGGUAUGAGAUUUUUGAGGCGUUUAUAUCUAAAUGAUAAUCAAAUUGGAGAUGUCGGUCGUGGUACUUUUGGAUCGAUCGCCAAAAUUGGAACAAUCGAUUUGGCACGAAAUAAAAUUACUAAAAUUGAUUAUCAAAUGUUUUUCCAACUGAACUUCAUCGAGAUUAUAGAUGUAUCAGAAAAUGCAGUCACGGAAAUUCAAAAAUUAUCUUUCAAAGAUAUUUAUUUGGCAAAUAUAAAUUUAUCGCACAAUGCAAUAUCCAAUAUAGAAGACGGCGCUUUUGAGAAUUGCGCAAAUAUAACAAUAUUGGAUUUGUCAUACAAUAAUAUCACUGCCAUUCCAAGGAAUACUUUUGAUCCAACGACAUAUGCAACUGAACUACAACUAUCAUAUAAUUAUUUGACUAAUAUGUCCCAGAUUCCUCUGCACAAUAUGACUGGUUUAAAAAUCCUAAACGCUUCACACAAUCUUAUAGAAAUCAUUCCACGAAAUACGUUUCCCAAACUAUACGAGUUGCACACAAUAGACCUUUCAUACAACAAAGUGUCAUCGAUCGCAAAUGCAGUUUUACAAACACUGUUUUCCCUUAGAAACUUAUACCUCAGUCACAAUUCCUUGGAAAUAAUUAAACCUCCGACUUUUGGAACAUUACCAACAUUAUUAGAUAUGGAUUUGUCUUACAAUAAUAUGAAGGAAAUAGCAAAAGGAGCAUUCACAAAAUUGACGAGUCUCAGGACAUUAAAUGUAGAAGGAAAUUUGUUAAGUAAAAUGUUUACUGUACCGAUUUCUUUGGGUCAUCUGAAGAUUGCAAAUAAUUUGUUAGAAGAAUUGCCAGAAAAGACAUGGCCUAGCAUGAAUUCCAUACUGUCUUUGGAUUUUAGUGGAAACAAAUUUGAAAAUCGAUUAGUUCAUGGAAGUUUUUCAAAUCUUUUAACUUUACAAAGACUCAAUUUAUCGGAAAAUGGAAUAUCGCAAGUGCCUUGGGAGAGCUUAAGCGAAUUGACCGCUUUGCAGUAUUUGUAUUUACAGAACAAUAAUUUGACUCGGCUCCCCAAAGCCGCAUUUGGAAGAUUGCCAGUAGUUUUCGAGUUGGAUUUAUCACACAAUAAUAUCGGAAAUAUUAGCAUUCAUGCAUUUGACGGUCUGCUCCAACUUUUAAAACUAGACAUGUCUCAUAACAAAAUCCGUCAAAUACCAACUGGAGCAUUUAGAGGAUUGGUAUCUUUGAGAACUCUUCACUUAUCUCACAACAAAAUAGAAAAAUUGGAUAAUAAAACAAAUAGUUUAUUCGAAGAUUGUUUGUCUUUAGAAAACCUGGAUUUGAGUCAUAACAAAAUUAGUUUUGUUACAAGGAAAAGUUUUCCGAGCAACCCGUAUAUUCCGUACAGAUUGAAAAAUUUAGAUUUAAGUUACAAUUCUUUACCAAUUCUUACAUACGAUUUGACUUUUGGAACAAAGAAAUUGGAGAAGCUAAAUGUGUCUCAUAAUAUGAUUAGUGACCUGUAUAGAGGAGUAUUAGGCAACUUGACUUCACUACAAACGUUAGAUAUGUCUUUCAACAUGCUAGAAGAUUUAAUUUCUGAACCAAAUGCAUUUAAUCUGCCAAAGAAUAUAACAAACUUGAUUAUGAACGACAAUAAAAUUAUGUUUUUGCCAAUAAACAAAUUUAUAAAUGCAACUCAAUUGAAGAGUUUGGAUUUGAGAAAUAAUGUGAUCAACCAGUUUCCUUAUGAAUUUGUGCAGCAGAUUGAUCAAGGGUUAGAAGUCAAAUUUGAAGGUAAUCCUUUAAAAUGUGACUGCACAGUGAGGCCUUUAAAACAUUAUUUGCUGCGACAAUCUAUUUUGCCGCCAGAAUAUGAAAAUCUAAAUUGCCAAGAACCUAAACAUGUAGCAAAUCAAGUUUUAGCAAAUAUACCAGAUGGUCAUUUGAAUUGUGUCAAUGGAUCUCUACCUCAAGUAACCAAUAUGACACAGGCAGAAUAUGAUAAGCUCUUCCAGAUGCAACCUGAUUUGAAAUUUAGAUAUAUUCAAUUCAUACGUCGGCAACUGGAAGCACAAUGGUACAUAACGUCCAGAGAAGACGUCGGUGACGUCCACAUAACAAUUCGGGACAAGUCAAAUGCCUUGGUCUACUCCCAAAUAAUGCCUUAUGAUGCUCGAAUAGUAAAGAUAAACUUGGAUUCAGAUGAAGCCAUCGAUUUAGCUAGAAGUAUCAGAUCAGAAUCCCAAUUACAACUAUGUGCUUUAGCCAGAGAUAGUUUGGAUGAAGUCAGAUCAUGGUUUCCUCAACAGUGCCAAGAUUUGCCAACCAGACAAAUUCGAAUGUGGGAUGCCAGAAGUAAAAAGACGUUGAUUAUCUUUCCUAAUGAGAACUUUGUGAAAAAUUCUUGUUCGGGAAUCGCAAUUAACUGGACCGUUGGAUAUAUGUUGAUUGUUGCUUUGGUAUUAAGAAUUGUUGUCUGA